CUUAAGAGCGCUAAACGGCUUCUCAUUGGUAAUCUAGUGCACUACGUAGGGUGUAGUAAUCAUUUAUUUCAUGGCCUCACUAGUGUACUUCAAUAGGGAAAAGAAGCCAGUUGAGAUGCAGUGAAAGCUGAAGGAUUUUUAAGUAGUACCUGCAGUGGAAGCGUUUUCUUAGUGCGGUUUCACUUUGUUUUUUGUUUAAUAAAGUAUUUUUGUGUGUGAAUAGCUUUGUGUUUUUGGUUUGGCAGUAAACAUGGCCUCGAUUAUUCGAUUAUGCCUCCACACAACAUCUCAGUUCACUUUUAUUUGGGUCGCUGUGCUGUUCAGCAGCCUGGCUGUGAUGGCCAAAACCUCCCACAGACCAAACAUCGUGUUGAUUCUCACUGAUGACUUGGACAUCUCCAUCGGCGGCAUGAUUCCCUUAAACAAAACAAGGAAGUUGGUUGGGGAUGCUGGAAUAACCUUUACAAACACUUUUGUUGCCAGUCCCCUGUGCUGUCCGAGCAGAGCAACCAUACUGACUGGCAAAUACCCACACAACCACCGUGUGAUCAACAACACGCUGGAAGGCAACUGCAGCAGUCCUGCCUGGCAGAAGAGCCAGGAGCCUUAUGCUUUCCCAGUCCUGCUGCAGAAAUAUGGCUACUACCAGACCUUCUUCGCUGGGAAGUACAUGAAUGAGUAUGGUAACAGACAGGCUGGAGGAGUGGAGUAUGUUCCCCCAGGCUGGGACUACUGGUUUGCACUGGAGAGAAACUCAAAAUACUACAACUACACGUUAUCAGUAAAUGGUAAAGCACAGAGGCAUGGAGAGAAUUAUUCUGAGGACUAUCUUACUGAUGUUCUGGCCAACAUAUCACUAGACUUUCUCCAGUACAAGUCUAACUACAAGCCAUUUUUCAUGAUGGUGUCUACACCAGCUCCUCACUCUCCCUGGACAGCUGCUCCUCAAUAUGAGGGCCAGUUUUCCAACAUCAAAGCCCCAAGAGAUCCCAGUUUUAACACCCAUAGCAAGGAUAAGCACUGGCUAAUUCGACAGGCAAAGAAUCCAAUGGCAAACUCCUCAGUGCAAUUCCUUGACGAUGCUUACAGAAAACGGUGGCGUACUCUAUUGUCUGUGGACGACCUGGUGGAGAAGGUGGUGAAGAAACUGGAAGCCCGAGGAGACCUAGAGAACACGUAUAUCUUAUUCACCUCUGACAAUGGCUACCAUACUGGCCAGUUUUCUCUCCCUAUGGAUAAGCGUCAGCUUUAUGAGUUUGACAUCAGAGUGCCUCUGCUAGUGCGAGGACCAAACAUCAAGCCCAAUCAGACCAGUCCAUUACUUGUAGCUAAUAUAGAUUUGGGCCCAACUAUCCUGGACAUGGCAGGGUAUGAUGUCAAUAAGACCCAGAUGGAUGGGAUGUCCUUUCUGCCUGUUAUGAUUGGGAAGGAGAACAGCACAACAUGGAGGACUGAUUUUCUGGUGGAGUAUGAGGGAGAAGGACACAAUGUCUCUGAUCCAGCUUGUCCUAGCCUGGGCCCAGGAGUCUCGGAGUGUUUUCCUGACUGUGUAUGUGAAGAUGCAUAUAACAAUACAUAUGCAUGCGUUCGUACGGUCUCCCAGACUACCAACCUGCAGUACUGCGAGUUUGAUGAUAAUGAGGUGUUUGUGGAAGUGUAUAACCUGACAGCAGACCCCUUCCAGCUCACAAACAUUGCCAAAAGCAUCGAUCAGGAAGUUCUGGAGAAAAUGAAUCAUCGGCUGAUGAUGCUCCAGUCAUGUUCAGGACAGUCCUGCAGGACACCUGGGGUCUACGAUUCACGGUUUAAAUUCGACCCUCAGACGAUGUUCAACAAUCUCGGGCCUCACGUAAGCCGGCUGCAGCAGACACUAAAGUAAAGACAAAGCAAGAAUUUAAAAACCUUGUCCUACCGUUGCCUUUUGUCCUGAUCUUCACUUUGAGAUCGUGGCUGUCUCUUCCACACUUGGUGUAAAGUAUGAGGUCAUGAGGGUUAAUAGGAACAGAACACUACCCUGCUGCAGUCACCCUUUUCUGUAGUGUUUAACAGCUGCAAUUUUAACACAGGAUGACUAUGUUCAGUGUUGAUAAGAUUACAUGUUUUUUCCUGCCUUUUUGUUAAUUCAUUUUUGCAUCUUGGGAUUAACAACUUUAACCCUACAUGGGUUAGAAUAGAGUAGAAUAGCAGGGAGGACAUAUUGGCAGUGUUUUCAUCAGUGGAGUUUUGUCAAUGCAUAAAAAAAAUCAUCCAUAUUUUUUGUAUUAUCUAGGCAACAGAGCUCAUAUAUUCUAUCAAAUGUUAGGCCUUAAAUUUUGCCUCAAUGAUAUUAACAUGUUAGUGCUGUAGCUGGUCAAAGCCAAAGUUUGAAUAACUGAAUGUAUUCUGUUUCAGAAAGCAAGGUGCCUAAUUCUGACCAGUGACAACGGUUUGUUUUUUUUUUUUUAAUAAAAAAAAAAAACAUACAGAUUAUAUGGACUCACACCUACUGAUCGGGGGGGGGACGGACUCUGAUAUGAAUUCAUAAAUGCACAACUAAUGGCUUUGGAAAACAGAGUUUUAGUUUAGUUGUGAAUGAGCCAAAGGGAUUGCAGUACUCUAGUUCAGUCAUUAAUAACUAUUUAAAGUGAAUUGUUCUUUUUAGUGUAAGAAAUGAUAUUUUACUAUAUGAGGGCAUGUAAGGGAUAUUAGACACUAAACACAGCAGUAAGCAACAGCAGCUUCACUAAUGAAGGAACACUUUCCACUUUGUACUGCUACAUGUUGGAUAAUCAAAAGUGUUGAUCGAAAUAUUAAAGCAUCAUCCUGGCCUCAUUUCAAAUCUCACUGAUGAUUUGGUGUUUUGUUGCCUUUUAUUUGAGUGAAAAUGCAAUAGGAAUGGUUUAUGUUAAAUGCUUGCAUACAUAAACUCAAACAACUGCUCGCCACUGGAGUCAAUAUGAUACUUUAUUGUACUGAGGCACUUUCUAGUCUGUGAUAAAUGGUUCAUGUCUUAUUUUGCACAGAAUUUGUUUGAGAGUCAUUUUUCCUGUAGUUCAUGUGUAUUGUUUUUCUGGCUGAGUUUGAUCAAUAAACAACUAUAAACUUUC